AGUCAAUCUUCUUCAAGAAACUUUCGAAUCACGCAUUGAAAAAGGAAAAAAAUGUCAGGCCGUGGUAAAGGUGGAAAAGGUUUGGGAAAGGGAGGAGCAAAACGGCACCGUAAAGUUCUCCGGGAUAACAUUCAAGGUAUUACCAAGCCGGCGAUUCGCCGUCUUGCUCGCAGAGGUGGAGUGAAGCGUAUCAGUGGUCUGAUCUAUGAAGAAACACGCGGUGUUCUCAAGAUCUUUUUGGAGAAUGUGAUUCGUGAUGCAGUUACAUACACUGAACAUGCUAGGAGAAAGACUGUUACUGCUAUGGAUGUUGUUUACGCUCUCAAGAGACAGGGAAGAACUCUUUACGGAUUUGGGGGUUAGGGUUAGUGUUAGGGUUUCAUUUUCAAUCGAUUUUCUGUCGGUUUUGCAAUUUAUGUAUAUUCUGGGAUUGAAAUGUUGCAGCCAUUAGGAGAGAUCAAUUUGAUAUGACUUUGCUUGUGGCAUUUUGUAAUCCAAUUUCUAUAAUGUUAAUGUUGCAACCAGCUCAUUUCGUUUUCUGUUA